UGGUACUCGGAUAUUGCCAUAUCCUAAAAGUGGUACAAUGUGUGAAAAGGUUGAAAAGCCCUGUACUAGAUGACCCAAUGUGACAAAGAUUUAGCAUGCACACUAAUAUGGUAAGAUACAAGAGGACUCAUGCAGAAGAGAAAUCAUAUGAGUGCCCAGAUUGUGGGAAAGGUUUCAGUUGGGAUUCCCUCCUGGUACAGCAGCGGAGGAAUCACACAGGAGAGAAAACAUAUGAGUGUCCUGAUUGUGGGGAAAAAAUUUCUUGGAAAUCUGUCCUGGUGAAACAUCAAAGGACUCACACAGGAGAGAAACCAUAUAAAUGUCAUCAUUGUGGGGAAAGUUUUAGUCAGAAUUCCUACCUGGUGAAAGAGGGAAUAACAUUAGAAGAUAAACAAUUGGUUAUUCAGAUUAAAAAUCAGAAAAAACCAUAUGAGUGUCAUCAUUAUGGGGAAAGGUUUAGUCAGAAUUCCUACCUGAAACUGUAUGAAUGCCAAGAUUGUGGGAAAGGUUUCAGUUCCAAUUCCAACCUGGUGAAACAUCAGAGGAGUCACACAGGAGAAAAGCCACAUGAAUGUCCAGAUUGUGGGAAAGAUUUCAGUAAUAGGUCUAGCCUUAUAAAUCAUGAUCUAGAAACAUGUUUGUAUUCGAGUGGAAAAACCCAGAAACCCAUCGGAAACAGCAAUAUAGACGGACUGCCCUUCCCCAAAGUUUAUAAAAUCACCAAAUUUAUUUGGGCAAGUUUUAGAACAGUAUUGAAUCAGAAAGCAGGGAGACGGUUAACAGAUGCCAGAAUCCUUCGCUAUGAAGCAAUACGGAUGGAGAAAGAUGACUUGGUUUUAGCAGUGGAAAACUCAGUGAAUCCAGCUCUGUUUCUGAGUGGUAACACUGAACCUAAUGUGGAACUUGAACACCAGAGCGCUGAAAUCAUUGAAUUGCAAACUAAGGUAUGA